AUGGCAACCACAGAUGUGGCUAUUGGAGUGAUCUUCUUAGCACAGACAGUCAUUGGAAUUCUGGGCAAUUCCUACCUUCUCCAUCAUUAUCUGUUGUUUCUCUUCAGGGGGUACAGGUUAAAACCCACAGACUAUAUCCUGCAGCACUUAACUACAGCAAACUUCUUAAGUUUACUGUGUAAAGGAGUGCCCCAGACAAUGGCAGCUUUUGGUAUGAAAGACUUCCUCCAGGAUAUUGGGUGCAAACUAGUUUUCUAUGUUCACAGGGUGGGGAGGGCAGUAUCCAUCAGCAGCACAUGCUUUCUGAGUGUCUUCCAGGCCAUUGCCAUAAGUCCCAUGGGCUCCACAUGGGCAAAGUAUAAAUUCCAAGCUCCAAGGUACAUUGGCUCUUCCAUAUGUCUAGCCUGGAUCCUGUCUCUUCUUGCCAACAUUGCUUAUCCUGUGCACAUGAAUGGAAAAUUCAGCAAUGUAAACAUCACACAUCUAAAAGAGUUUGAAUACUGUUAUGCUGUCCGUCACGACAAAGUCAGCGACAUCCUCUAUGCAAUAUUAGUCUCGAGUCCUGAUGUGUUUUGUGUGGGAAUGAUGCUGUGUUCCAGCAGCUUCAUGGUUUGCAUCCUCUACAGACACAAACAGAGAAUAAAGCACAUCCAUAGAAGCAACUUCUCCCUCAGGUCCUCCCCUGAGUCCAGAGCCACAAAAACCAUUUUGCUCCUGGUGAGUACCUUUGUGUGCUUUUACACAGUUUCUUGCAUCUUGCAUAUCCAUUUCGCUCUUGUUUAUCAUCCCACACAGCUCAUUGUAAAUGUUGCUGCAAUUGUCUCUGGGUGUUUCCCAACUCUGAGUCCCUUUCUGCUGAUGAGCUACGACUCCUGUGUAUUCUCACUCUGUUUCCAAUGUGCAAGGAAUAGAAAAUACUAAUCAU